AUGUGCAUUAACAGCGAUGAUAAUGAUGUUAAAAUCCCCACGGGACGCAAGCAAAGUCCACUGACCUCUACAAUUGAAGGUGUAAUUCAGUGUAGAGAAAAGUCGGAAGAUGUGACAGAAGCUGAAAUAACAACUCCUGGAGAACAGAUGACAAGUGACACGUCAGUGAAGUCUGAACCUAUCGAGAUAAUUUGUUCAAAACACGAUUCCAUUGAAAAAUGCCAAAAAGCGACAACGUCAAGUGUGAAAUGUAUCUGGUCUGAAAAGGCUAAUACGUGCAUUAACAGCGAUGAUAAUGAGAGUCAUGAAUUGGAAGGAAAAAUUUACCAUGUUACAAACACCACUCCAGAAAUAAAUGGAGACACCUAA